UUUGAAGCCCUGAAAUUGGCAAAUUCAACCAAUGUGGUUCUGUCUUCAAAAUCAAAUUAAAAAUGAGCAUAAAUUGCAGUGAAAGUUGCUCCUUUAUGUGCAGAGAGGUUUUAUGUGGAGUAGUUUUGUCUGGGAUAAAAUGGGUUUUGUAUAUUUUCAUGUAGAGAUUUAUUUUGCCAUGUUCCAUAGUAUAUGAGAAGUUCCACGUUGUCUUUGAAUUUGAUGAAUUAUUUGAAUGUCCUUUGAAUAGUGGCAUUAUAACUAGCACCAGGAUAAGCUAGAUGUGACCUUUAAUAAGAAAAAGUAUUAAAUUUUAAUGGAAUUGAUUCGUCUGUGUACCAAAAAAGGUGUAUUACAUGCAAUAUUAUUUUUCCAUACGGUGCAUGGGUGAUUAAUUAUUGAAGACGGAGGAAAUAAUGUAGGUCGAACAAAGGAGCUAGCUUGUUAGACGAAAGGAGUGGUUGGCAGUAGAACCAUGCAGAUUUACAGCCCAGGAAGUCUUUAUUACGCUGGGCAUGGUUAGGAAUCUAAGUACUAAGGAGGAAGUUACAAAUACGUAAAUGAUACAAGUGUGUGCACAUGUGUGUGAGUAUUUGUGUAUUGAAAUUGUUGGUAGAAUACAGCGCUGUGAUCGACAUACCUGCAGCUACCUGGAGGGAUUACAGCUGUGACAUGACUGGAGGGAUUACAGCUGUGACAUAACUGAUGUUGUUCCUCGAUCACAGGCUGUAUUAUAAAGGAUGUGCCCAUGACACUGAGUCAACUCUGACGUAAUCAAUCAAGACUCAGAUCAUCACCUCGAUCAUGGUGUAAUUUUGUGGUUGGAGAACUUUAACAGUUUAUGAAAAGUGAAUAGCCAUGCCGUUGAAAAGGGAUGCAGACAAGAAGUCUGCCCCAAGGCAGGUAUUCCCCGAGAUUGGGUGUCGGCUGUCUGUGGGGUCGGCCAUUAACGAGGAAUCUGUGGAGACAGUGACAAAACAAGACAGAAGUCCCUCAAAAGGCAAGAAGAUCAAGCCAACCUUUAGAUUCCCCAAAAAAGACAUCUUUCCAAAAUCCAAAGAAAAAGAGGAGAAGAAGGAAAAAGAAGGUCGCAAAAGUGAUGAGAAGAAAAAAGAAGACAAAGAGGAAAGGAAAAAAGAGAAACACAAGCUGAAAGAAAAGAAGAAAUCUAAACACAGAGAGUCUGCUGUGUCUGGUGGGAUCAAAGCAGGUGUCCCAGACAAGCCAGUGUUCAGCGUCGCUUUGUCAGUUGCUGUGGACAGGAGUAAAUGCCAUGAUGGCAUAGAGCUGCCAGCCAUCUUCAGGGAAUGUAUAGACUACAUUGAGGAGCAUGGUCUGAACUGUGAAGGUAUCUACAGAAUCUCAGGUGUGAAAUCUAAGGUACAGCAGCUUAAGGAGUGUUACAACAAAGGGUUACCUGCGUACCUGUAUGAACAUGAGCCUAAUGUGGUGGCCAGUCUACUGAAGCAGUUCCUCAGGGAGCUACCUGAGCCUGUCCUCACCACCUCCCUCAUGGCCAAAUUUGAGGAGGCCUCCACUCUGAAGACAGACGCCAAACGUCUGGAGGCAUUCAGAAAGUUGCUGGAGGAGCUGCCUUUGUGUAACCGGUUACUUCUGUCCUGGAUGAUUGUACACAUGACUCAUAUCAUAGAACAUCAAGCCCAGAACAAGAUGUCCCUUCAGAACGUGUCCAUUGUCCUCAGUCCUACCAUGCAGAUCAGCCACAGAGUCCUCAACGUCUUCUUCUCACUGGCCACUAAACUCUUUGGGGACACACAGAUCAAGAAGUACGUCCCCCCGCUGCGGCCAGCUACCUCUCGUUGGUCCCUGGAGUUGCCAGACAACCCUGCAGCCUUGGAAGAAGAGCUGCACAAGCAGGAGUCCUUGCUGAACGCCUUGCAUGAGGAGAUAAAGAUGGGUGUGGAGGAUCCGUCCAAAGAGGAGCAGCUGUGGGAGGUGCAGAGAGUGGUCACUCAGCUCAAGAGGAAGAUCAAAUUUGCACACAAGGCCACAGAUGCCGCUGAUCGCCGUAAGAAAGAGCUAGAAUCAAAGAAGCCCAAAGUGGUUUCGGAACUGGAUGAGUUGAAUUUGGAGUUACAGCCUGUAGCGGAAGGUAAAGAGGACAGGGUCAAGGAAGCAGCCAAAUCUCAACCUGAACAAGAAAGUCAAGAAAAAGAAAUCAUCAAAAAGGUUGAACCAGCAAAAGACGUGUCAACGAAGUGUCUGAAGGUGAAAAGGUUCCUGACAAAACUUCUGAAGGUGAAAAGGUUCCUGACGAAACUUCUGAAGGUGAAAAGGUUCCUGACAAAACCUCUGAAGGUGAAAAAGUUUCUGAUAAAACUUCUGAAGGUGAAAAAGUUCCUGACAAAACUUCAGAAGGUGCAAAGAUUCCUACAGCUCCUGAGGCUGCAGUCGUCGACGAACCAGCUCCUGUGGCUACAAGCGGAGUACGCUCUAGUGAGCCUGAGAAGGAGACCACUGAAAUCAAACGUGUGGAACCCCCUGUGGCCAAAGCGAUUGAAACCCACUGAAGUGGUGAAAAAUAGUGGGCCAGAGACACGAAGAGUGACUACAGCAACACCAGCAGCAACGACUGCAACGCCGGCAACAAUAAUAACAGCAACAACAACAGUUGCAGAUAUUACAACAAAAUCUCAGGUGAAAACAGCCGUCAAAGAACAGCCACAACCAGUUCCUGUCCUUAAGCCAACGGGACCAAUCAAGCCUCAUCUGCAGAUAUCUCAGCAGCCUCUGCAACCAAUCAACGUCUGCCCUCAGAGUCGAUCGUCAACACUGGAGGGCUCCGACUCAUUUGAUCAGGACAAAAUGGCUACAGAUACAGAUGUCAAGAAAGUGGCAUCUACAAGUGAAGAACCAGUUCAGGAUGAAGAGACCAAAAAGCUGUUGGAAGAAGAGUACGCCAUGACACUAGAGGAAGAGGAACUUCUGGCUAUUGGGGAUGAGCUGAAGCAGAAGAUAGAGACUGAGCAGAGCGAGAUUGAGCGCCUGAAGCAGGAGAUUGUUGAGCUUCAGUACCUGCGGCAGGACUCCGAUCUCGAGGAUUACUCCUCGACGUCGGAGAGUAGCGAUGAGAGCGAGGAUGAGGAGGAACUGACGGAGCUACUGAACUCGCUGAUUGCCGAGAACGAGGAGCUAGAGAAAAAGAACUCUGAGCUUUGUCAGAAGAUCCACGAUGAACGGAUGGCCUGCCUGGACUGUAAAGUGUCUAUACGACUCAUACAACAGAAGCAGCUCGACAGCGACAACAUCCUUGAUCGUGACAAUCCAAUCUGAGGAAGAGUGCUCCGCAAAUCGGGAACACUCUCGGGGAAGGUUUGGAGCUGUCAGGCAAUGUUACAGCGUUCUCUGUCUGGAGAAUCAGAUAUGAUGCCAGUUUGAUUAUUUGAAAAGGACUCUGGGAGAUUGUGAACUGUUCAGCAGAGGAGCCUAUUUGGGAUUGGGAUUCUUUCACUUGAACAGAAUUACGUUAUUUUGGUUAAACAGAGGAUUUAAUGCUAGUAGAUAGUAGCCUGGUUAUUGUUACACUUAAGAAAAGGUGGCAGUGUAUAAAAUAGUAUGGUAAACAGGGAAUUAAAAAGAAAAGGAUCCAAAUCUUCACCAUUGGACUGUAACUGUGCAAAGGAGUGAAUAGGAACAGAUCUGGUGGCAUUGAGAUUUUGAAAUGUGGCAAAAACAGAAUUAUUCAACAAAGAUGAGGACAAAGUUGGUAUGUUUAAUGAGUCAAAUGGGCAAAAGGUUAAAGGAUAUGUCUGAUGAAGUGUGCUUUGUUGCAUACAGUGUGGGAUAUGUGAACAGAGAUGCAUUGUAAAAAAAAAAAACAUGUUGUGCAUAUAUAUAUAUAUCUGUGCUUUUGAUGAGCAAGAAUUAAUUACAAAUUAUAAUUAAUUACAAUGUUUGCAUUAGUCGAGGUACAUGUGCCUAUGUGCAUUUUGAAGCGUCAGUGGUACAAGAGCAAGAACUUUUUCAUUGUGCAUUCUUCAACGCAUUGUAUCUGUUUUACUUAUAUUCUUUCAAAGUGCCAUUCGUGCUUUCAUUUGCCUUGGUUUCUGGUGCUUAAUUUACCUUUUUUUUGGCAUUCGUCUACAUGUAUAUAAGUUUAAUAUUAACCAUAUGCUAGGUUACAAUCAACCAGUGGGACACUGUGAGCAAGUGUUACUAUUUAGUAAUUUAUAACUCCGUAACUUCAUUUUAUUGCAUGCAACUAGAAAGCUGCAUAUACACCAAGUAUACAUGUGUUGAAAUUACACAGUAGGUAAAACCGCCCUGUUAUGGUGGACUUAAACAUCAAAUAUUUCCUUGAGUUUUUGUCUACGUUUUUUUUUUUAUAUGGCAGUGGAAGUGUGUAUCUUUGUGUAUCACAUGUUACAGUUUAAUUUAUCAUUGUGCUCAUAAUACUAUUUAUUGUUACCCUGUCAGCAACCCUGAUUGGGCUAGGUAGAUGUAACUGUGUAACCACGUAGCCAAUAUAUCCUGAAAAACACCCAUCGGUUCAGUAAAGACCGAAUGUGAAUUGCCUCAGUGAAGUGAUCAUUGUUUUCACAACGGAACAAAGGGAGUUAACUUAGUCAACAGACACAUAUUACAUCAGCAGCAGGAUAUGGGAAUAGCCAUGUUCCCCCAAGUGACCCACGCUGUCCAAUAAAAAGUGUAGUACUUUGUCUGAUGGGGGAUAAACGAAGUAGCAUUUUCUGUGAGCCUUUCAAGCAGGCAACAAUUGAAAUUAUUUGUCUCUGCUUAUAGAUCUUCACCAAUCUUGUCUAUAAUACAGUAGGCUGUAUUUAUCAUUUGGAAAAACCCUCGACCCCCGUGAAAACCCUCAGGAUCAAGCUGGAGUUUAGAGUCAAUUUUCUAGUCAAACCAACCCUCAUUUCUCACACGAUGGUGUAUCUAUACAACAUGAUUGGUAAACGGUCUAGUGCUCUGGACUGUAGAUUGAAAUAACAAUUUCUAAAUUAUUCAAAUAUGAUUGGAUGUCUUGAGGAGGACUGAAGAGUGACUUCAGAGCCCUGUGAAAAGGUGAUUUAAAGGGAGAUAACUCUCAUGCAACAGUAUUUGCCUUGUGCUUAAUGGCGGGUGCUGAAAGAUUUUUUAAAACGCUUGACAGAUAGACGUGUACAGUCAUUACAUGAAAUUUGAAACUUGUCAUUGUCUGUGUUUGUAAAUAGUGUACAUUCUAUGGACCAUUCUUGUUACACAUGCCAAUGUGUUCUGUUACGUGUUGUCAGUCUAAACACUUCUUAUAGCUCUAAACGUGUGUAGAAAGUAAACAUGCUUCUUUUUAUGUGUACAUACUAGAGGUCAUUUUAGUGCUGACUGUGUAGACUAUUAGGUUUUGUAUAUAGUGGUAGGUGGUUAUGGACCAAUGAUAGAUACUCUUAGAAAAAAUCAUGGAAA